UUUUUUUUUUCAUUCAUUUUAUUCAUUUUUUUAUUUUUUUUUUUAUUUAAAGAACUCUAUUCGUCAUAAUUUAUCUUUACAAAAAGCUUUUGUCAAGUUGGAAAGAGAUACAAAUACACCUUCUGGAAAAGGUUGUUAUUGGACUAUUUUACCCGGUUAUGAACAACCUUUUAUUGAUAAUCUUAUGAAACGUGGUAUGGGAGGCAGUAAUGGUACAACGACUUCAGGUAGAAAACAUAAUGAAAACGGAAACGAUGAUGGCAACAGUUAUACUUCUCAUAAGCAAUUUCGAAAAUUUAUUGAUGCAACCAUUUCCAAUAAUAAUCAUUUAUUUACCAUAUUUCGUAUGAAUCCUACUACUACUACUACUACUACUACUACUACAGCAACAGCAACAGAAAAUAGUAAAAAGCAAAGAACAAAUAAGAAAAUGAAAAAGGAACAAGAAGAACAAAAGCAAGAACAACCAAUAGAACAACAGGACCCCAUAUAUGAUUCAGAUUGUGAUAGUGGUGUAGAUCUUAAUUGUGAAGUAUUACCAAAAAAGGAAGGAAUGUCAAUACCACCCUCCUCCAUACAAAAUCAAGCAUCAUUGAAUUCACUAUUUAUGGAAAAUUCAAUGUUCGUUCCUGAUGAUUUACUAUUAACACAACAACCCAAUACAAAUCGAACUCAGAAUUGCUUUUUAGACUCGAUGAUAGAUACAACUACAACAUCAUUUUAUGAUCCAAUAGAAUAUUGGGAUGCACCACCACCACCACCACAAACAAGUUUAUUUGAUUUUACACAAUCACAGCAACCAAUGAUGUUACCACAACAACAAGGGUUAGUUGACUAUUAUUGUAAUGAACCAACAACAUUCAAUAGUUACGUAACAACAUUAAACCAACAACCACCACAAGACUUUUUUUUAUAUAACAAUUUUUGUUAAUUAUAUAUAUAUACACAUAUAUAUAAUUGUUUACCCUUCUG